UUAGAAGUUUCGAGACAAACCGAAAACUGAGCUUAGUGCAAACAGAGCAAGAGAGUCAGAGAAAUCAAUUGGAGUCUACAGGGAUCGAUCAGCGAAAACCGCGCGAAAAAACCAAGCGAAUUAACAAACCCUAGAAAAAAUGGCGGAGAAAUUGGCACCAGAGAAGCGCCACAGCUUCAUCCACAAUGGUCAGAAGGUGUUCGAGUGGGACCAGACUCUGGACGAGGUGAACUUGUACAUAGACCGUCCGCCAAACGUUCAUGCGAAGCAAUUCUAUUGCAAGGUUCAGUCGAAGCACGUCGAGCUCGGCAUCAAGGGCAACCCUCCGUACCUCAAUCACGAUCUCACAUGUCCGGUGAAGACGGACUCUUCUUUCUGGACUCUAGAGGAUGAUAUAAUGCACAUAACCCUGCAUAAGAGGGACAAAGGUCAGACCUGGUCUUCACCCAUAGUGGGUGAGGGUCAGCUGGAUCCUUACUCCUCUGAUCUUGAGCAGAAACGUCUCAUGCUUCAGAGAUUUCAAGAAGAGAACCCAGGUUUUGACUUCUCACAAGCUCAAUUUACUGGGGACUGUCCUGAUCCAAGGACCUUUAUGGGUGGGAUUCGCACUGAUUGACAAUCUUGGUAUGGUGAAUUGGUAACUUAUAUUAAUGUUUGAGAUCUAGUAAAUUAAAUGGGUUUAUGUGCUUGUUCCCCACUUAAUUGGGGGGAAUGAGAUAAUGUGAUAGUCUGUCCACCAGUCUUCAUGCAAAUAUCUGUAAGAACAUCACAUAGUAUUUGUGGCUGCUUGUUUAUUCCAAUUUCCUGUUCCUCAUUAUAAAUGUAUCAUAGAGGAUCCCAUUAUAUGGUUCAUCUAGUGUUUGUAGCCUUGUGUUCCUGACAAUAGGACGUAUGAACCUGUCUGUUAGAAGUCGUAAAUUCGAUCAGUUGGAUCGGAGUUGAAGAUAGACAGAUUAAGAAAAUGGCAGCUUUACAUGUUGGUGAAUUAGUGAAGAGAUGAAGAUAAUGUACUGGAACUAACAAGAACCCUAACUUUUAUAGUGCUGGAUAAUAGAAUGGCUGCUUUUGGUUCAGUUAA